AUGUUGGCCUACCCUGUAACACCCAUUGACCCGUGUCUCAGAAUUCUCUGGACCUUCCUUUUCCUGGCUGCCUCCCUGAAUGCCCAUACCCAAGUCUGGGAUGACCCCAAGUGCACUGAAUCUGAAGUGUCUGCACCCAGAGGCAACCACGUGGUGAUGUCCUGUAACAUCUCCAACACCUUCAGAGAUGUCACCAUUGAGCUGACUGCCAAUGGAAAGACCAGGACCAUCUUUAACGGAAAGCCUCCAGGAAACUACUUUAAUGAUUCCUGGCAGCUUCACAUUCAAGGCAGCCAGGCCCAGCUGGUGAUCGCAGAAGUACAGGACAUCCACGCAGGGCAGUACUUGUGGAGGCUGCGUGGGAACCAGAGACCACCGGAUCAGUUCAUCCUCCUGAAUGUUACUGACCUAGACACUGCCCACCAGGAGGAGCCAGAGAGCUUGGGGGUCAUUGCUGAGUCCCCACCUACAGUGCGCACGGAUAUCAUCAUCACUGUCAUCGUCGUCAUCAUAAUCAUCACCAUAGGAACUACUGCCUUUGCCUGGUACAAGCACAGCCGUUCCCCAAAGUGCCACAGAUAUGAAGUCCCAGUGCCCUAUCUGAGCCAUGGGUCGACUCAUAGUCUCUACCUGACACUGCCCUAAGGUCUCCCAAGGCGU